GAGGCAGAGCAGCGAUAGCGGCAGCAGCAGCAGCAGCAGGCAUCUUGUGUGUUUUCGAACUGCCUACGUUCGUAUGAAUGAACUGGAGUUGCUGUGCGUUUCGUCUCGCUCGUCGAUAUGUUGCCUCUUAUAAACAAUCAGACUGCGAUCUGCCAGCGUUAACGUACUGUGCACAUAGUUCAAAUGCCUCUGCUAACGAUGGCUGUGAGUUCUUCUAGCCCAAGCGUGGACAACCCACCGACGGGAGACGUGUGGCACGAAUUCUGCGAUCGCCAUGCCCGUGCUGGAGCCGUCGAGUUCGCGAGAAACUUUCGGGUGUUUGUCACCGAGCAUCCGCGAUUUGCGACGUCGGCGGCCCGGCGGGAGUUCGGCGAGCGAUUCGUCGAGCAGUUCAUGGACAGCUUUAUGAACGGCUGCGAGGCGGCGAGCAGCCCGUGCCUCGACCGCCCGACCGUGCUUCGCUUCCAACAGAACGGCAUCGCCCGCUCGCGGACGCUCGACUGCGAGUCGCCGGACAACUACUCUGGCUGCUCGGACACGGAGCCGGACGGACCGAAGAACCGGCGGCCGUUCCUCCGGCGACUGUCGUUUAAGAACAUCCGCCGCGGCAUCUUCCAGAAGCAGAACUCGGACGAGGUGGCGCUGAAGUCACCGCCGCAUUACGACAAGGUCGCCAAGGGUCAGAGCACGAAGCGCGACUGCAAGACGAGCAAGAUUGUCGUCGAGAUUAAGAAGGAGGGCCUCGUGAGCUUUCUCUGUGGCGAGGAUUCCGACGGCAAGGCCAAGUGGGAGAAGUGUCGACUGAUGCUGGUGAAGACGGCCGGUGGCUACAUGCUAGAGUUCUACACGCCGCUAAAGCCGAAUAGCAAGACCCCUGCUCUGUCCUGUGGCUACUAGUGAUGUGGGGACACCCACUGCUGGAAAGAGUGUGGAUCUGCUUCCUGUUAUUGUUGUUAUUGUUGUUGUUGUUGUUGUUUCCUGCUG